AUGGUUCGGCUCAAGAAGCCCUCUGCGCGCUCCUUUCGCCAACAGCGCCUCUCCGGCACCAUCCACCCCCUCGCGCCGCUCAAAACAUUCCGCCCGGACGCCGCCCCCCUCCCCGACUCCUUUUCCUCCAGCAAGCGCGACAAGCGACUCAUCAAGCACUCUUCAUUUCUCUCUCGCGUGGCCGAGUCAGGCGUCAGCAAAACAUCGUCGUCGUCGUCGUCGUCGCGCAAGAACAAACGCACCGGCCGCGGCCGCAGCAAGCAGCUGUCCACGACGCUGGAAGGAUUGGCCGAUGCGCUGCCGGAGCUGCAAGACGGAGCCGAGGCGGCGCAGGGCAAAAUCCGGCACAAGAGUAUAAAGAGCAAAAAGGGAGCGCUGAAGAGAAAGGAACAGGUCGUCAAGGGCGAGAUGGAGCGGUUUGGGGUGAGCAUGGCGCAGCUGGCGGGGACGAGGGAGCAGGAGCGGGCGGGAGAGGUGAUGAUGAAGAAGAAGAUGGAGGGAGAGGGAGGAGGGGGACACGGGAGCGCGGGGGGUUCGAGUCGGUGGGCGGCGCUGAGGGGAUACAUUUCGUCGACAAUGGAGCAGAACCCCGCGUUUGCUGAGCGGCAGUAG